AUGAAUAAUAUCUUUGAUAAAGGUUUAAACGUGAAACUUGAAAAUGAAAAUCUUGUUGAAUUCACUGAAACGGGUGCAGUUUAUAAAGAUGUUGAGGUGUUAAAUAAGAAAUCAAAAGGCAGAAGUCGAAAUAUGAACAUCGAUUAUAAACCAUUUACUAUUUACGUAAAUGAUGGUUCUGGUGGUUCAAAUAUUAAAUAUGCAGAAAGUAAUAGAGUUUAUGCGUUAAAAGGUGAAGCACCAUCGAUUAAAAACAGUUAUUCUAAUCUUUAUCCUCAAAAACUGACUGAUCCAGAAAGUGUGGACAUGAAUGACACCAAAAAUAUAAACAGAAAUGGUGAUAGAGAUGGAUGGAAUCUAUUCACUACACCUCAUCUAAAAAUAAAGCUUUAA